AUGCCGUUGUAUAAAGAAGACAAUUUUUUAAUAAUAUAUCCUGGAUCCAAACAUACAUUAUUUUUGUUUGGAUUAUCCGAUACAUUAUCACCACCCCAAUUUAAAAUCCCAUCAAUUGUUUAUCAAGAUUCCAUCACUAAACAAUAUCAAGCCACUAAUAAUAGUGAAAAUGCUACUGAAGAAAUAUAUCCAAUUAUUGAAUCGAAAAUUGUUAAUUUAGAUGCAUUUAAUUAUUUAUUAAAAAUUAUUUUACAAAGUGUAAUUGCUAAUCAUCCAACUAUUACCAUUAAUCAAAUCCCCAUGUUAUUAAUUACUCCUAGUUUAACAUGGUCAAGACAAUCAAUUGAAUAUAUUACUAAAUAUGUCAUUGAAAAUUUAGAAAUCACCGCAUUUAAUAUUAUUGAUUUGAGUCUAGCUGCAACUUUUGGAGUUGGUCAACUGACAAAUUCUACUGUUGUUUAUGUUGAUGAUGAAAAUAUUCAAAUUGUCCCCGUUGUUGGAUAUCAAGCGAUUAAAUUUGCAGGGAAAUUAAUUAAAAAUGAAGGUAGUAUAACUAUAUCUCGAGAAUUAAAACAAAAUUUACCUAAUUUAACAUCUCAACAAAUUGAAGAUUUGAAAAAUUCCGAUAUUUUUGAAGUUGUAAUUGAUCAACAAGGAAUGGUAUUAGAUUAUAUCAAAGAUAUUACAAAAACAAACAAUGAUGAAGAUAAUGAAUUCGAUGUUGCCAAAAUCGUCACUGAAAAUCAAAAUGGUAUCCCAGAAGCCAUUAUAAGUAAUACACCUACUGAACAACAACAAAAAGAACAACAAGAUUCAAAUAAACCAAAUAAAGAAUUGGAAAAAAAUUAUUUCAUUGAUUCUAAAACUCAAGAAAAAAUUUGGAUCGGUAAAGAAAGAUUUUCCGGGACGAAUAAUCUUGUUAAAUUGAUCUCAUCAUCGAUAUAUUCAUCAUUAUUAUCAAUUCCUGAUAUCGACAAAAGACAAGAUUGUUAUGAUAAUAUUAUAUUAGUUGGAUCAAUUUUCAAAAUUCCAGGAUUGAAAGAAGCAGUAUUAAUUAAAUUAAAUCAAGAUUAUUUAGUUAAAGAACCUAAUGCUAUUGAUCAAUCAAUUAAUGAUCCUGGUGUCAACACUGCCAUUUUGAAAUAUCAACAAAGCACAACCAUAAAUGAUUAUAAUGAAGGUGGUAGUGGUGAUAAUAACAAUUCUAAUUCUAAUUCUAAUUCAAAUCAAGUUCCUAAUUCUAUCAAAUUGGUGAAAUAUCCUGAUUAUUUCCCGGAAUGGAAAAAACCAAAGGAAAAAGGUGGAUCUUGGCAUGAUGUUUAUUUCUUGGGUGGUCAAAUUUAUAGUAAACAAAUUUAUUCUGGUAGUUCUCAUCAUCAUGGUAAAGAAUUGUUUGUUGGAAGUGAUAUGUAUGAAGAAAGAGGUCCUCAAAGUAUUUGGGAUGCCAGCAUUUAA